UAUUCGAGUGCAACUCCGAUCAAUAUUUGUAAUUCAAAAACAGGAUCAUCAUAUCCUACUCCUACGUUGUAGGAACUACUUCAACAGCAGGUGUUGAAUCUGUUGAGAGUUGCUCGUCUGUUGAGAGUUGCUCGUCAAUACUAUCCUCUAGGCUUUUUCGAUUCAAAAAUAUUAAAGUGCAACUCCGAUCAAUAUUUGAGCAACAAAUUAGCAAGUUCUUUCCAUUUCCUUGUAUCUCCAGGAACAGAGACUUGUACAACUUCUAAAAAAUAUGAGCAGGCCGAAUAAUACACUCUCCACUCGUAUUAUGGAAGAGCUUGAUGUCUUGCCUCGAAUUGCUACAGAGCGUUGUAUGGGUAAAGUGCAUGCGGAGUUACGUGACGUAAACAAGAUGGCUUAUGAGCCUGUGCUGCUUGCCAUCGGUCCUUACAACGACCAAGACAAGGUUGGUCAUGGGUUUAUGAAAGAGCAUAAAUUGCGCUAUUUACAAAAAAUGCUAGAACGAACGAAAAUAAGUGUAGAAGAUUACAUCGGGGCCUUGAGAUCAGGAUUGAAAGCAAGAGCUCGCGGAUACCUACAUGCAGAAUGCAUAAGCAAGACCCAAUCUCAAAGUGAUGCAAUUGUUGAAAUGAUGCUACUUGAUGGGUGUUUCAUUAUUGAGUUGUUCCACAGGUACUACAAGAAAGGAGGACGUCCAAAAGAUGACCCAAUCUUUCAAAAGAAGUGGGUGCUUCCUAGAAUAGCUCGUGAUCUACUAUUAUUUGAAAAUCAACUUCCAUUCUUCGUUCUUGCUAUAUUGUUCGAGAUGAGUGAGAGUAACGAUCCCAGCAAUUCAGAAGAACACAUUGUCGAUAUUGAUACUGAUCAGGGGACCUUAAAGAUGCGGAAUCGACUUAUUGAUCGUGCCCUUGGUUUUUUCUCUGGUUUUCUCUCUGCCCUUUUACCAUUUAAAUUGAAUAAAGUCGAUAAUUCAACCAAAACGAUUACGGAUCUACUUGAUCUGACCCUUGAAGCUUCCAACCCUUCACUUCCAGUAAUAAUCUGUCAACGUUUAGAGCUUGGGUUCAGAUUCAAGAACGCAGAGUUUGAGGAUCUCCUUGGUCUCAUACAUGCAACCAUCUGUAUCUCAAUACUUGAUUCAGAAAUUGAUCAUGCCAAAGAAUGUCAAGAGGCUGGAUGGAGCCAGAUGGCUAAGAUAUUUAAGCAUCCAUUUGGUCUUAUUGGUAAAGCUGUCACUUCAUUACAUGCAAAAAAGAAGCCACUUGUUGGAGCCAGCUCAACUAUGGAGUGGACACCUGCUGGUGCCAGCUUAAUUGAGGAGCCACUUCUAGGAGCCAGCUUAUUUGAGGAGCCUGUACUUUCUGGUGCCAGCUUAUCUAAGGAACCACUUGCUGUUGCUGUUGCUAUUGGACAAGUUGAAUUUGAGGAGCGACGUGUUGAGGAGCCACUUGAUGCAGGUUUUAGUGGUGCUAGCAUAAUUCAGGAGCCACUCGUUGGAGCCAGCGCCUUAUUUAAGGUGCCACUUGCUGUUCAUGCUAAAGGUGCUAGCGUAUCUGAGGAGCCACUUGUUGGACUUGCUGAAUUUGUGGAGCGACGUGUUGAGGAGCCACUUGAUGAAGGUUUUAGUGGUUGUAGCAAAUUAUCUGUGGAGCCACCUGAUGAUGGUUUUCGUCGUGCUAGCGUAAUUCAGGAGCCACUUGUUGGAGCCGGAGCCUUAUUUAAGGAGACAGUAAUUUCUGCUGCACGCUUAUCUCAGGAGUCCAGAUUCCCAGUCGAUGUACGAGAGAAAUGGAAGCAUCUGGUCGAUGUCUUACAGCUUAAGGAGGCAGGAGUUGAAACCACUAAGGCAAGCAAAUUUGUGUCUAAGUUAAAUGAGAUUUGUCGUUGGAUAAUAAUACCUUAUGCUAUUGAACUUCAAGAGGCUGAAAUUGAAUUCGAGAAGCUGCCAGAGAUAUUUUAUGCACAUCUUCAUCCUGAUCAAAAUGGGAAUAAAGAGCAGAAGUCAAAACUGUCUGAAACAGGGACGCUAAUGACUGGAGUCGAAUCAAUGAAUGCAGAGGUAUUGAAGCGUCUACUUUGUGAGGCUGGAGUCGAUAUCAACAAGGUAAAGAAAUUUGAGCGUCUGAGAGAAAUUGAACACAGGAACAUACAUGGUGCCACAGAGCUUGAAGAGGCUGGAAUCACAUUCAAGAAGGCAGAUAAAUGUGACAUGUUUUCCAUAAAGUUGAACAAUGGGCAAAUGGAGAUUUCACCUUGGAGCAUAGUUGAUGAAACAGAGACUUGCUUACGAAAUCUAAUAGCAUAUGAGCAAUACCAAGAUCGAGAAAAUGGUUUCAAUUACGUCGACAACUUUGUGUGCUUCAUGGACAAUCUCAUUAACUCUCCAAAGGAUGUUGAAUUACUCCGUCGAAGUGGAAUUAUCAGUAAUUAUUUGGGUGAUGAUGAAGUUAUUUCCACUAUGGUCAACAAGCUCUGUGACAAUAUCACUAUUUCACCGAAAAGUUCCAUAUAUGCAAGAACUUCCGUGGAUUUGAACAUGUAUUGCGAUACAACCUGGAAUCUAUGGAAGGCAAAAUUAAGGCAUGAUUAUUUCAACAGUCCUUGGGCAUUGGUCUCAUUUCUGGCAGCAGCCUUAUUGCUUUUGCUUUCAAUUACACAAACCGUACUUUCCAUUAUUUCUUAGGUUUUUCGUGCAUUGUGUUAAUCUUGAUGUGUGUUCUCUUGGUUAAUGUAAUAAAUAUCAAAUAAUAAGAUUUUAAAAAGUAAUUAAGAGUGUCUUUUGUUGGUCCGAUCACACCAUAUAUUUUG